ACGUUGCUUUUCUCACCCGCCGGUCCUCCUCUCUUUCCUGCUUCCGUCUCUCCUCCACGUUUCAAUCCUCUCUUUCCUCCGACAUUUUCUCUGGCUUUCUCACUUCACUUUCCUCCUCAACGCGUACAAGCCAUCUCUCUCUCUCUCUCUCUCUCCCGAGCCACCUCGAUAAACAUCCGUCGUCUUCUCCUCUCUUUCUUGUCGUCUUCAAAAUCAAUGCUCUCUUGCUUCCCAAGCAUCCUCCAUCAAAAGUUCGCACCUUUCCGUUUCGCUACCGCAGCUACUGCAGAAAUUUGUUUGUGGGUGUCGAUUGAUGCUGGUUUCUUUGCUCGAUCGUCUGCAUUUCUGCUUCGAUUGGGAGUGCUCUGUUCUUUGCGCGGGUACCUGCUGAGCGGAAAAUCGCCCUUUGCCUCCCGACAUUUCAGCUGCAAUCUGAGGCGCUCAGUGGGUUCAUCUCGAAAGGGAUUAGCGUUUGAGCGAGUUUCUUGUGCUAUUCCUUGGUAGUUUUUGUUGUGUCAAAGUUUACAAAUGACGGGAGGGCAGUCCAGCAAGAAGAGAAGUGAUGAGGCUCCUCCUCCCCUGUCAUUGAACACGAAUGCCCAAUACAUGGCCGAUCUGACCUCUUACGAAGAUGCUUGUAAAAUUGACCCUGACUUGCAAGCCUUUGAUCACACCCUUCACGAGCGUACCAACCGCGUUAUCAACAGUCUUGCAGUUGGCAUAGAGGUUCGGUCCCUGUCUUUCGAGUCGCUGAGAGAAGUGACAGGUAGUCUGCUGGAAAUGAACCAGGAAGUAGUCAAAGUCAUUCUUGAAUGCAAAAAAGAUAUUUGGAAUAAUCAAGAACUGUUUGGUCUGGUAGAAGAUUACUUUGAGAACAGCCUGCAGACGCUAGACUUCUGCACUGCUCUUGAAAAAUGCCUCAAGCGUGCUCGUCACAGCCAAUUAAUUAUCCAGUUCGCGAUCCAGCAAUUUGAAGAAGUGGAAGACGGGAUUGAAGGGAACAAGUUUGUGAAAACGUUGGAAGAACUACAGAAGUUUAAGGCGGCUGGGGACCCUUUUACCGAGGAAUUCUUCAUGAUCUUCCAAUCUGUUUAUAAGCAGCAGGUGGCAAUGUUGGAGAAACUACAAGGUCGGAAGAAGAAGCUCGAUAAGAAGCUAAAAUCUACCAAAACAUGGAUGAGAAUCUCUAACGUGAUUUUCGUUGCCGCUUUUGUGUCAGCAUUGAUAUUCUCGGUCGUGGCAGCAGCUGUGGCAGCACCGCCUGUCAUAACAGCGUUGGCUGGUGCAAUAGCUGUCCCAAUUGGCUCAGUGGGUAAGUGGUGCAACUCCCUGUGGAAGAACUACCAGAGUGCUCUCAAAGGGCAGAGGGAGCUGAUCAGCUCAAUGCAGGUUGGCACCUACAUAAUUAUCAAGGACAUGGAUAACAUUAAGGUUCUUGUCAGUAAGUUGGAGGUCGAGAUUGAGUCUUUGAUGAAAAAUGCUGAUUUUGCUUCUAGUGAAGAUGAGGCUGUCACGUUCGCUAUAGUUGAGAUAAAGAAAAGGCUGAAAAUAUUUAUGGAAACGGUCAACGAUCUGGGUGAACACGCUGACAAGUGUAGCCAGGACAUAAGUAGGGCGAGAACGGUUGUGUUGCAAAGGAUAAUGAGACAUUCAAAUAGCUAGAGAGGUCCAUACAGAGGCGUACCUUUAAUACUUUGACAACUCUUAGUCUAAUUCUCAUCAAUUAUUGACAUUACCAACUACCUUUAAUCCAUUAUGAUAAAGAUUGAAGGUAAGCAGUUUCUUAUAUUAGCAGGCUUGUAUGUUGUAAUACCAUUGCUGAUUUCUCUUUCCGCAGCAGGAUGUUAGCUUAAUUUUCAGUUAAUGGUUUGACAAGAGUGUUUUUCAUGGA